UUCGUCCCCCACCACCAUCUUGAGAUCAGCGCACCGUUGAACGUUAAUCAGCCUGCCGUUAUUCAACAAUGACUGACCAGCUUUGCAAACUUUUCGUUGGUGGUCUCAACGUGGACACCGACGACGAUGGCCUGCGCAAGCACUUCGAGCAGUACGGUUCCCUGACCGACUGCGUUGUCGUCGUCAACAAGCAGCUACAGCGGUCCCGCUGUUUCGGCUUUGUGACCUACUCUUCACCGGAGGAGGCCGACGCCGCAAUGGCGGCUAGGCCUCACACCGUCGAUGGCAACGCGGUCGAGGUGAAGCGCGCGGUAGCGAGAGAAGACGCCAACAAGCCAGAAGCCCUCGCUAAGGUGAAGAAAAUCUUCGUUGGCGGUUUGAAAGACGACAUCGAGGAGGAACACCUGAGCGACUAUUUCUCCCAGUACGGCGAAAUUGAGAAGGCCGAAGUCAUCUCGGAGAAGGAGACUGGAAAGAAAAGGGGCUUCGGCUUUGUUUAUUUCACCGAUCACGAUGCUGCAGACAAAGCAGUUGUGGUGAAAUUUCAUACCGUCAAUGGACACAAGGUAGAGGUGAAGAAAGCCCUGACCAAGCAGGAGAUGCAGGCGGCCAACAGAACCGGUAUGUCGCCGAGAGGUGGAAGAGGCGGCAGAGGCCAGCGGGGAAAUCAAAAUGGCUACGGCAGCAGGGACUACGGAAACUACAACUACGGAAAUGGCGGAGGCUACAACUGUGGUGGUGGUGGUGGCGGCGGAGGAUAUGGAGGGGGAUACGGUGGAGGACCAUAUGGGGGUGGUUACGGAGACCAGGUUAGCAGCUAUGGCGGUGGAAACGGCUACAACGAGUUUGGAAGCGGCUAUGGCCAGCAUUCAUCUGGUUACGGCCCAAUGAAAGGGCCACCCUUCGGCGGCCAGAGGAACCCUACUCCCUACGCCAGAGGAGGAGGAGGAGGAGGGGGCGGCGGCGGUGGAGGCGGCGGCGGCUACCCAAGGGGGGGCUACGGCGGCGGCGGCGGCUACUAAGUUAACCAUCCCCACCCACUGCCAUAAAUUACCUCCAUGCCAGGAUUUGGACACCAAAAUCAAAUUCGUGAAAUGCCGUGAAAUCCAACAAUGGCAGAGAUACGGACACAGAAUCACCAGACCUCAAAAACCCAAACAGGUGUUCUUACCAGUAUGCUAUCCCAGCAAUAAUAGCCGUAGCAGUUUGUUUGUAGGCUACAUCAGGACCCUGUUGAUUACCUGGGGUCGAUUGUGAUAGGAGUCUGAAAUAUCUCUUUAGGAUAUCCACAUCCAGCAAACUAGGUAUGUAAAUCAACCUGUCUUCACUCUGUGUUGGUCAACCAUGUAUGGAAUAUCUACAAGAUGGUGCCCAAGUGUGCCAUUAUUUAAUCUUAUUAAACAACGUAAGUAACACUUAAAAUCAUAGCUCAAUGCGUCUUUAUAUAGCUAAUCUUAAUUAAUACCAAAAGGGGGGGCAGGGUUAUCUAAUUUGGUCUUUAAUGCACUAAGUGGGUGGAAGGGGACCCAAAUGUUGUUCCUCCAUAAUGUGAAAUAAUGGAACGAGUAAAUUGGUGUCUCUUCCAGAAAACUUUGCUACGCCCAGUAUCUCACUCUGUUUCUCUCCCAUCUCCUCCAGGUUGCUACGGUAACCUGGGCACGAGGACAUCACCCCGAAAACGAUUGGGGUGUGUGUCUCCACGCCGACGGGGGGACUGGAGAGUGGUUGUGCCCCCUCAGGUGAAGUCAGUUUUCACAAAGGAUUCCCCAGUGUAAUUGUGAUUCAUUUGGAAGGGUCUAAUAUGGGUUUUUAUUCUGAACGGUUUUAUGGGAAACAUUGGUGAGUUAUAAAUAUGAAGUUUGGGAGAAAUUUGAAAACGCAGUCCCCCAGUGCAAUGUAAAUGUUAUUUUCCCAUUGACUGACACUGACACUAGUUCUGAGUGAGUUUUAUUCAUGAUUUUUGUUUCUUUUGAAGGACUUUUACAGGUCUGAAGAAGUUAGUGUUUCAUAUUAAACAAUAAUUUAACAAAACUUUUGUGUUCUAUUUUAUUGCUCUAAUCCUAAUUUGACCUCUCAGAUUUAUUUUAGGGACACUUACUCAAAAGCUGCUGAUGACCUGGGAGAAAGAAUUUGCACUUGGGCACUGUGGAUUUAAAAAAUGUUUGUCUUUUUAAUAAGUCUACAGGUUUAUAAACUCCAUAACCGGUUGCGCUUGGCCACCAUAUGGUUGUAUUGUUCCAAAUGAGGAAUGCCUGAAAUAAAUAGAUGGAAGUAAAUAUACUUGGGUGUAGACUUUGCGUUUUAUGAUAUUUACUGGUAUUUUCUUUCCUCCUGUGGUAUGUGUUAAUACAAUGUGACUGGCUUCAACUAUGAUUCUGUACAUUUAACAGCUAGGAGGCUUAACAUCUGCUUGAGUUGACGAACAGACUUGUUUCAAGACGAGGAACCGUGACGGAAAGCCACGUGUUUACAGCCCCACGUGUCUCACAGUAACUUAAUCCGGAAGUAGAGGCCUUGUUACGCAAGGUACUGAACAUAAACCCUACAAGACCUUCAGGUUGCGAUGUUGUUGCACAACAUUGCUUGACUGCUUAUGUACUGCUCAUUACUCUACAAUUAAACAGGAUGAAACUAAAGUUGUCAAACUAUUGUAUUAAACAUACCAAUAUCUGAAGGUCUUUUGGCUGACCGUUUCUAUGCCGCAAAGAACCAACAAGCUAUUUAAAUGUACCGCUGCAGCCUAAUGCAGUGCCUGGGAACUGGGUAAUGGCUGCAAAGUGAGCGUUGACUGGUCCAUUACAUUACUAUUAGGAUCUGUUUUUAGGAGUAUGAUGCAUUUUCCAUAAUUACAUGCACUUCAGCAUUUGAAGACAACUGGAAGAGAUCUGUACAGGACCCUUAAUGUACUUAUAAAGAACAUGGCCCAAGAAUUAUUGUGAUUCGCCACCCCAAGAAACAUUUUAAUGAAGUUUCCAUUUCAAAAUUCAGAAUGCAAUGGCAGCUGAAUAAGCGGGAUGCUUGAAAUGUCUGUGAGACUUUUUAUUUUUUUGUCUUGGCCAAAAUGUUGAAUAUCUUUAAAUAUAUAUGUAUUAUGGUUGGUACGGUUUGUGUGGGUUUUUAUUUAUUUUGUUAAGUUUAAAUGGUGCCUUUAUUGAGCAGCAAAAAUCAGUAUUUGAAGACUGAAAAGGUCAGUUUGAAAAAGGAGCUGAAGUAACCAUAAGAGCUCAACAAACUCUUGAUGAACAAACAAUACAUCCGACAGCAUAACCUCGACUUGCUUCCCUCAUUUAGUAUGUUGUCAGAAAAUUAAACUGGCAUUUUGAUACGCUCGAACAAGCCCAAUCUCAACAGGUAAAUUAUAAAUUGGAGUAAAGUGCAAUCCUAUAGCAAAGUCCUGUCUGAUGUACUGUGGCGAUUCAGGAGACUUGGCCAAACUUAAGCCAUGCGUGACAAAUCCUGUGUUAGUGAUGCUUGACAUGGCGAUGGAGUGUAAAUUUGACUUUUCUUACCUUUUUAUAGGACAAUGGUGCGUGACGAUUUCUGAUCAUCCCAUAGGAAAAGGAAACAUCUGUUUUGUUAGCCGUGCUUUUUAUGAAUCUACAAUAAAUUAUAUAUUUUUAUACACCAAGA